CUAGGAACAACACGACACGGAACAACAUGAUCACCGGAUUUUGUCUGUGCGGGAAAGUUCUAUUUAAUGACAGUUAUCGGAAAUCGACCGGCUCUGUGGGAAUGAUUAACAGCUGGUACCCCUCCGAGGCUUUGAUUCUAACAAGCAUGGUUGGACCGGCGUGCAUGCAAUGUGCUCUGGGCCGGAGUACAAGCACCUAGUCAUAUAAAGACCUAGAUAUAUAGCUCCGGAUUUGAGGAAAGACUGCUUUUUGAAUCACCUCAGUUCAUCCUUUCCGUGUCAUCUCUGUCAAAACGAACCUGUCGACCAUCAAAAUACAAACAAACCUCCUCCUCUCCACCUGCAACAUGCCAUACCCAGACCGCAAGUAUAUCUACGACGUCUUUCGUCUCUUCUCAGACCCCCCGGAGGGCACGAAGAAAUUCUUCGAUUAUGUCGACGACAAUGUGCACUGGCAUGUGACCGGCCAGCAUCGAUACGCCGGCACCUGGACCACCAAGAAAGACUACUACGAUGCCACCUGGGCCAACAUCGGCCUUCUCCUCGCGGCUCCUGGUCACAAUCUCGAGGUUCCCGGGGGUGAGGCUGGCGUCAUCGUGGGCCAGGAUGGAUGGUCGGCGAUUGAGAUGAAGACAGUGAACACCCGAACCAAAAGUGGCGUCCCCUACACCCAGCACUACUCCUGGCAUUGUCGCUGGAACGAAGAAGGGAAAAUUGUUGAGGUCAAGGCGUUUCUGGAUGCGGACCACCUGGAGAAGGUACUGGGAGGCGAAAAGCGCCGAUUGGGCCUUCCGACCUCUUAGCCAUUAUGCCUUUGCAAUCGGGAAGAUGCAAUCGAUGGGGUUCCUGAGUUGCGAUUAUCUUACCUGUAUUUAAAACCAGAAAUUAGGAGAUAUUCUCACAUCUGGAAUGUCAAGUCAAGUAUCGAUGGCAUUCUGGCGAC